UAAAGGCGGGAGAUCUGUAAAUUCUGGGAUCAACGAGCACCAGCCCAACCCCCUCACGGGACACCAGUUUCUCCGCGCGUGCGAAGGGUUUCGGCCACAAGAUCUCCCGGCCUCCGGAGUUCCAAUAGCUCGCCAGACCCCUCCCUCACAUCGUUCCUCCCAAGGAAACGUGACCCGUGCCGGCCGCCGUUGCCGCCCAAACCUACUCGUUCGCCGCCUCGCAGCGCACCGUCCUCUCGGCCCUCGCGCCGCUACCCAGGCUCAGGGGGCGGGGCUAGCGAUGCGACCAAGUGCGCUUGCGCGCACCGCCCCAGCUGGGCUUAAAGAGCAGGGCGGGGACAGAGAUCUGUACCUGCGGCACCGAGACGCGGCCAGAGAGGGGCAGUCGAUGAGAGGGCUGCCUUGGCAUUAGGAGUGCGUCGGCUGCACCUUGACGGACGGAACUUGGGAAGGAGGGGAGGGGACCAUCGGGGUCGGCGGGGAGCUACGGGUUCCCCUCUUCCAAGAUGGGUGCCAAAUGACGAAUAUCAGGUGUCUAUGGUGAGAUUUGGGAAGGACCCCAGACCUUAACAGCCCUUUGGUCGAAUCCCCUCACACUGUGGCAGCUGGCACACUAAGCAUUUGGAACAGAAGCAGAUUGGUCGGAGGACUUCCCGUGUGAGCCCGGUCUGGCCUCUGCCUGGAACUUUAUUGUUCCAUGCAUCUGGCAUCUCAGGUUCUCGGAUCCUUUCGUUCUUGAUUCUAAAAUCCUGUGGCAUCACGGAGCCCUGAAUGGGGUGAUGGACAGGAAAGCCUGGAAGUGCCCUGACACAUUCCGAAGACUGCAUCAGGCAGACUGACUGCCAAUGCCCUGAACCCCUGUCGAGGGUGGGCUACGGCAAAAUUCACCUAUGGUGGUAGAAGUGGCAGAGUGGUCUUCUGAGGGAGGAUAAUGAGUGGAGGCACAGAGAAGUCUCCGAGAGGCAGGAAACGCUCUAUACACUGAGUACAGCUCAGGGUACACAGGUGUGUGUGCUUUGCAGGUGCUGGAGAGGGAUGUGUAUCUCUUUGUCUCGCUCUCCUUCUCAUUUUGAUCUGUUCUUGCCCAUUGCUCAUCUGUGAGACUUGGCCAAUGCUUUCUUUUCUCUGGGCCUCAGUUUCCCUGGAUUUAUCAAGAGGGUUGGACUAGAUGGUCCAAUCUCAGUGGGCAUUAUGUGGUUUCCCCUCUGAGUGUCCUUGCUGUCUGUAUCUGGAGGUGUGGGUAUUUUUCUGGGUGUGUCAGACUCUCUGUGACUCGGUUUCUCCCCAUGAGCUCCUCAGUCUCCUGAACCUCUCACUGCCUGUCCCUGUCCCCAUCAGUCUCUGCACCCAGCCUCCCUGUAUCUCAGUGGAGUGUCUCUCUUUGCCUUUGUGAUCCCCUGACAAUGGGAGGUAAAAAUAGCCCAGGGGCCGCGCUGGUGGAGAUAAAAGGGAAUUUGCCUUUUGUGUCCUGUGGCCAGGCUGGGGGGGUUGUGACACGUGGAGAUUGCUGACAUAGCUCUCCUCCUCUGACCUUGACGGUGGCAAUAAAAGGGGUAGCACAGCUUCCUGCCCUCAUCGUGGUGCUGAGUGCCUGCUGCCUUGGGCCACUUCGAACCUCCAAGGUUUCCAGCUCUUCCUUCUUCACCCCAGUGCCACUGCCAUGAUGGAUGUGAGUGAACUUGGGGAGUCUGCCCGCUACCUCCGCCAGGGCUACCAGGAGAUGAUGAAGGUGCACACUAUCCCAUGGGAUGGGAAGAAGAGAGUCUGGGUGCCUGAUGAACAGGACGCCUAUGUGGAGGCUGAGGUCAAGUCGGAGGCUACCGGGGGAAGAGUCACCGUGGAGACCAAAGACCAGAAGGUGCUGACAGUACGCGAAGCCGAGCUGCAGCCCAUGAACCCACCCCGCUUCGACUUACUGGAGGACUUGGCCAUGAUGACGCACCUGAACGAGGCCUCUGUGCUACACAACCUGCGCCAGCGCUAUGCCCGCUGGAUGAUCUAUACCUACUCAGGCCUCUUCUGUGUCACCAUCAACCCCUACAAAUGGCUCCCAGUCUACACAGCCUCCGUGGUGGCCGCUUACAAGGGAAAGCGCCGCUCGGAGGCCCCACCGCAUAUAUAUUCCGUGGCCGACAAUGCCUACAACGACAUGUUGCGCAACCGAGACAACCAGUCCAUGCUGAUCACCGGAGAGUCGGGGGCCGGUAAGACGGUUAACACCAAGCGGGUCAUUCAGUACUUUGCCAUCGUCGCUGCCCUGGGAGACGGGCCGGGCAAGAAGGCCCAAUUUCUGGCAACAAAGACUGGGGGCACCCUUGAGGAUCAAAUCAUCGAGGCCAACCCUGCCAUGGAGGCCUUUGGCAACGCCAAGACCCUGAGGAAUGAUAACUCCUCCCGUUUUGGCAAGUUCAUCCGCAUUCACUUUGGUCCCUCUGGGAAGCUGGCAUCCGCGGAUAUUGACAGCUAUCUCCUAGAGAAGUCUCGGGUGAUCUUCCAGUUGCCCGGUGAACGUGGCUACCACGUCUACUACCAAAUCCUCUCAGGGAAGAAGCCAGAGCUGCAGGACAUGUUGCUUCUGUCUAUGAACCCCUACGACUACCACUUCUGCAGCCAGGGCGUCAUCACCGUGGACAAUAUGAACGACGGGGAGGAGCUCAUUGCCACCGACCAUGCCAUGGACAUUCUGGGCUUCAGCAUGGAUGAGAAGUGUGCCUGCUAUAAGAUCGUGGGUGCCCUCCUGCACUUUGGCAACAUGAAGUUCAAGCAGAAGCAGCGGGAGGAGCAGGCGGAGGCGGACGGCACUGAGAGUGCGGACAAGGCUGCCUACCUGAUGGGGGUCAGCAGCGGGGACCUCCUCAAAGGCCUUUUGCACCCCCGGGUACGUGUGGGGAAUGAGUACGUGACCAAGGGCCAGAGUGUGGAGCAGGUGGUGUUUGCAGUGGGGGCAUUGGCCAAGGCCACCUAUGACCGGCUGUUCAGGUGGCUGGUGUCUCGGAUCAACCAGACCCUGGACACAAAGCUGCCCCGGCAGUUCUUCAUUGGGGUGCUGGAUAUCGCUGGGUUUGAGAUCUUUGAGUUCAACAGCUUCGAACAGCUGUGCAUCAACUUCACCAACGAGAAGCUGCAGCAGUUCUUCAACCAGCACAUGUUUGUGCUGGAGCAGGAGGAGUACAAGCGGGAGGGCAUCGACUGGGUCUUCAUCGACUUCGGCCUCGACCUGCAGCCCUGCAUUGACCUCAUUGAGAAGCCACUGGGCAUCCUGUCUAUCCUGGAGGAGGAAUGCAUGUUCCCCAAAGCCUCGGACGCCAGCUUCCGCGCCAAGCUCUACGACAACCACGCGGGGAAGUCACCCAAUUUCCAGCAGCCUCGGCCUGACAAGAAGCGCAAGUACCAGGCCCACUUCGAAGUGGUCCACUACGCGGGCGUGGUGCCUUACAGCAUUGUGGGCUGGCUGGAGAAAAACAAGGAUCCCUUGAAUGAGACAGUGGUCCCCAUCUUUCAGAAGUCACAGAAUAGGCUCCUGGCUACUCUGUAUGAGAACUAUGCUGGCUCCUGCUCCACCGAGCCCCCCAAGUCUGGGGUGAAAGAGAAGCGUAAGAAGGCAGCAUCAUUCCAGACGGUGUCCCAGCUGCACAAGGAGAACCUCAACAAGUUGAUGACCAACCUGCGGGCCACACAGCCCCACUUCGUCCGCUGCAUUGUCCCCAACGAGAACAAGACCCCAGGGGUCAUGGAUGCCUUCUUGGUGCUACACCAGCUGCGCUGCAAUGGGGUCCUGGAGGGAAUCCGGAUCUGCCGCCAAGGCUUCCCCAACAGGCUGCUCUACACUGACUUCCGGCAGCGGUACCGCAUCCUGAACCCCAGUGCCAUCCCAGAUGACACCUUCAUGGAUAGCAGGAAGGCCACAGAGAAGCUGCUGGGCUCGCUGGACUUGGACCACACCCAGUACCAGUUAGGCCACACCAAGGUGUUCUUCAAGGCUGGGCUUCUAGGUGUUCUGGAAGAGCUCCGUGACCAGCGUCUGGCCAAGGUGCUGACACUGCUGCAGGCGCGAAGCCGAGGCCGCCUCAUGCGCCUUGAGUACCAGCACCUGCUGGGAGGCAGGGACGCGCUGUUCACCAUCCAGUGGAACAUCCGUGCCUUCAAUGCCGUCAAGAACUGGUCAUGGAUGAAGCUCUUUUUCAAGAUGAAGCCGCUGCUGCGCUCAGCACAGGCGGAGGAGGAGCUGGCUGCCCUGCGGGCGGAGCUGCGGGGUUUGCGAGGGGCACUGGCUGCGGCCGAAGCCAAGCGCCAGGAGCUGGAGGAGACGCAUGUCAGCGUCACCCAGGAGAAGAACGACCUGGCCCUGCAGCUGCAGGCUGAACAGGAUAACCUGGCAGAUGCUGAGGAGCGCUGCCACCUGCUGAUCAAGUCCAAGGUGCAGCUGGAGGGGAAAGUGAAGGAGCUGAGUGAGCGGCUGGAGGAUGAGGAGGAGGUGAAUGCCGACCUGGCCGCCCGCCGGCGCAAGCUGGAGGAUGAGUGCACGGAGCUCAAGAAGGACAUUGAUGACCUGGAGCUGACGCUGGCCAAAGCUGAGAAGGAGAAACAAGCCACCGAGAACAAGGUGAAGAACCUGACGGAAGAGAUGGCUGCACUGGACGAGUCAGUGGCCCGGCUGACCAAGGAGAAGAAGGCAUUGCAGGAGGCCCACCAGCAGGCCCUGGGCGACCUGCAGGCGGAGGAGGACCGCGUGAGCGCGCUGACCAAGGCCAAGAUCCGGCUGGAGCAGCAGGUGGAGGACCUGGAAUGCUCCCUAGAGCAGGAGAAGAAGCUGCGCAUGGACACGGAGCGGGCCAAGCGCAAGCUGGAGGGUGACCUGAAGCUGACGCAGGAGUCAGUGGCCGAUGCUGCCCAAGACAAGCAGCAGCUGGAGGAGCAGCUCAAGAAGAAGGACUCUGAGCUGAGCCAGCUGAGCCUGCGGGUGGAAGACGAGCAGCUCCUGGGGGCCCAGCUGCAGAAGAAGAUCAAGGAGCUGCAGGCUCGAGCGGAGGAGCUGGAAGAGGAGCUGGAGGCCGAGCGGGCAGCCCGGGCCCGUGUGGAGAAGCAGCGCGCGGAGGCGGCGCGGGAGCUGGAGGAGCUGAGCGAGCGGCUGGAGGAGGCGGGUGGCGCAUCUGCGGGGCAGCGUGAGGGCUGCCGCAAGCGCGAGGCAGAGCUGGGGCGGCUGCGGCGGGAGCUGGAGGAGGCAGCGCUGCGGCACGAGGCCACGGUGGCGGCGCUGCGGCGCAAGCAAGUGGAGGGCGCCGCGGAGCUGGGUGAGCAGGUGGACAGCCUGCAGCGGGUGCGGCAGAAGCUGGAGAAGGAGAAGAGUGAGCUGCGCAUGGAGGUGGACGACCUGGCUGCCAAUGUAGAGACUCUGACCCGUGCCAAGGCCAGUGCAGAGAAGCUGUGCCGGACCCACGAGGAUCAGCUAAGUGAGGCCAAGAUCAAGGUGGAGGAGCUGCAGCGGCAGCUGGCGGAUGCAAGCACGCAGCGUGGGCGGCUACAGACGGAGAGUGGGGAGCUGAGUCGCCUGCUGGAGGAGAAGGAAUGUCUCAUCAGCCAACUGAGCCGUGGGAAGGCCUUGGCCGCUCAAAGCCUGGAGGAGUUGCGGCGACAGCUAGAGGAGGAGAGCAAGGCCAAGAAUGCCCUGGCCCACGCAGUGCAGGCUUUGCGGCACGACUGUGACCUCCUGCGGGAGCAGCAUGAGGAGGAGGCUGAGGCCCAGGCUGAGCUGCAGCGGCUGCUGUCCAAGGCCAAUGCCGAGGUGGCCCAGUGGAGGAGCAAGUAUGAAGCAGAUGCCAUCCAGAGGACCGAGGAGCUGGAGGAGGCCAAAAAGAAGCUGGCACUACGGCUGCAGGAGGCAGAGGAGGGCGUGGAGGCUGCCAACGCCAAGUGCUCGUCGCUGGAGAAGGCCAAGCUGCGGCUGCAGACAGAGUCAGAGGAUGUGACCCUGGAGCUGGAGCGGGCGACCUCAGCGGCCGCUGCCCUGGACAAGAAGCAGCGGCACCUAGAACGGGCACUGGAGGAACGGCGGCGGCAGGAGGAGGAGAUGCAGCGGGAGCUGGAGGCAGCACAGAGGGAGGCCCGUGGCCUGGGCACUGAGCUUUUCCGGCUGCGGCACAGCCAUGAGGAGGCACUUGAGGCCCUGGAGACACUCAAGCGGGAGAACAAGAACCUGCAGGAGGAGAUCAGCGACCUCACGGACCAGGUGAGUCUCAGUGGGAAGACCAUCCAGGAACUGGAGAAAGCCAAGAAGGCACUGGAAGGUGAAAAGAGCGAGAUCCAGGCUGCACUGGAGGAGGCAGAGGGGGCCCUGGAGCUGGAGGAGACCAAGACGCUGCGGAUCCAGCUGGAGCUCUCCCAGGUCAAAGCGGAAGUGGACCGGAAGCUGGCAGAGAAAGACGAGGAGUGCACUAACCUGAGGCGCAAUCACCAGCGGGCUGUGGAGUCCCUGCAGGCUUCCCUGGAUGCAGAGACACGGGCCCGCAAUGAGGCGCUGCGGCUCAAGAAGAAGAUGGAGGGUGACCUCAACGACCUGGAGCUGCAGCUGGGACAUGCCACCCGCCAGGCCACGGAGGCCCAGGCUGCCACGCGGCUGAUGCAGGCGCAGCUCAAGGAGGAGCAGGCAGGGCGGGAUGAGGAGCAGAGGCUGGCGGCUGAGCUUCGUGAGCAGGCACAGGCUCUGGAGCGCCGGGCCGCGCUGCUGGCGGCAGAGCUGGAGGAGCUGCGGGCUGCCCUGGAACAGGGCGAGCGCAGCCGGCGGCUGGCAGAGCAGGAGCUGCUGGAGGCCACCGAGCGCCUCAACCUCCUGCAUUCGCAGAACACAGGCCUCCUGAACCAGAAGAAAAAGCUGGAGGCGGACUUGGCCCAGCUGAGCGGGGAGGUGGAGGAGGCUGCACAGGAGAGGCGGGAGGCUGAGGAGAAGGCCAAAAAGGCCAUCACUGACGCGGCCAUGAUGGCCGAGGAGCUGAAGAAGGAGCAGGACACUAGUGCACACCUGGAGCGGAUGAAGAAGACACUGGAGCAGACAGUGCGCGAGCUCCAGGCCCGCCUUGAGGAGACAGAACAGGCCGCCCUCCGUGGUGGGAAGAAACAGGUGCAGAAGCUGGAGGCCAAGGUGCGGGAGCUGGAGGCUGAGCUCGACGCAGAGCAGAAAAAGCACGCUGAGGCCCUUAAGGGCGUGCGCAAGCAUGAGCGCCGUGUGAAGGAGCUUGCAUACCAGGCCGAGGAGGACAGGAAGAACCUGGCUCGCAUGCAGGACCUGGUGGACAAGCUGCAGAGCAAGGUCAAGAGCUACAAGCGCCAGUUCGAGGAGGCGGUGAGCGCGUUGGGGUCUGGACACCUGGAACCAGAACCCCUCAGCAUGCCCGGGCUGAUGCCACCCCAGUUCUGCCCCAGGGUCUGUGGCCAGGUGAGCAGUUGCUCCACCUCCCAGCUCAGAGACCCAGAGGGAAGAGAGAAGCUUCUGACAGCUCUGGGGAGACGUGCCUUCCCCCUGGCCAAAGCUGGCCUCUGAGGGGCGGGGCAAGCACAUCAUGAUGUUAGUGUGUUCCAACUUCCUUAUUCCUGCUGUGGUAUUGGUGAGGACAGACAGUGGCAGUAGGAACAGAGUUGAGGACCAGGAGGAGCCACCUCCCUUCUGGGGAUGGGGCGGGGACCAGAAUAAGCAUCUCAGUCACCGAAGAGGAGCCAAGGCCCUGUGUGUGC